AUGGGUCCUAUGGACAACUUCACACAGCCUAUGGACUCUAAUUCGUUGGCCAAGGGGAAGAAGCUCCAUCAGCAAAAAAUCAGUGAGCAUGUCAUGAAAGAAAGACUUCAUAUGUUUAAGAGAUAUGUGGCAAAAUGGUUGUACGUUCGCAGAGUACCUUUCAAUGCAAUCAAUAAUAUAGAGUUUGAUCAAUUGAUUGAAGCUGCUGGUCGCUUUGGGCCGGGUGCAAAGAAGCCUUAUCAGCAUGGGUUGAGAGAGAAGCUGCUGCAAGAGGAAGUUCAAGAUACAAAUGAGAUGUUGAAGGCACAUGAGAAAGAAUGGCACAAGAAUGGCUGCUCCAUUAUGACAGAUGCCUGGACAGAUCAGAAACAAAGAAGCAUUAUGAAUAUGUGUGUCAAUUGUAGCAUUGGUACUAGCUUUCUUGAGUCAAAAGAAGUUUCAACCGAGUCCCACACUAGAGAACUCAUUUUUCAGUAUGUGAACAGCUGCAUUGACAAAGUUGGGGCUAAUAAUGUAGUUCAAGUAGUCACAGAUAAUGCUUCAAACAACAUGGCAGCAAAGGAUUUGUUGUCUGUAGAGAGGCCUAAAAUAAUUUGGACUUCAUGUGCAACUCACACGAUCAAUUUGAUGCUUGAAGGAAUGGGAAAGAUGAAGAAGUUCAAGACCACAAUUGAUCAAGCAAAGUCAUUGACAAUCUUCAUUUAUGCACACCAUAGGACCUUGGCAUUGAUGAGGAAGUUUACAAAGAAAAGAGAGAUUGUUCGGCCAGGCGUGACCAGAUUUGCAUCCAACUUUCUCACCUUGCAGAGUUUGUAUGAGAAGAAGGAGCAGCUAAGGAAGAUGUCUCAAAGUAAUGAGUGGGAGAAGAUAAGCCAUGUCAAGAGUGCAAAAGGAGUGCAAGCCACAGCCACCUUGGUGAGACCAAAUUUUUGGAGUUCUGUUGUACUUUGCUUGAGGGUAUUUGAGCCAUUGGUGAAAGUACUUCGGAUGGUUGAUGGGGAUGUGAAGCCAUCAAUGGCAUUUCUUUAUGGAGAAAUCCUUAAGGCCAAGAAAGACAUCAAGGUGGCUAUUGGAAACAUUCCUGGGGUAGUAGGGUUGUAUAGUUCUAUCAUGGAAAUCAUUGAUGUGAAGAUGAAAAAUAGGAUGGACUGUCCUCUUCACAAGGCUGCUUACUUCUUGAACCCCUAUUACAGCUACAAUAAUGACUCCAUCUUUGAAUCUGAGGAAAUCAUGGAUGGGUUCUUAACAGCUGUAGAAACAUUCUACCAUGGUGAUUAUGAUAACCAAGCCCAAGUACUGAAUGAGGAGGUGCACAAGUUCAAAGACCGUGUUGGUCAUUUUGCAAAACAAGUGGCUGCUGCUAGCUGUAAGGACUUUGACAUGAAUCCUGAUAUGCAAGUUAAAAUUUUUAUCAGUUCUGCAAGUUAG